CGCUAUAGCAAAUUCAUUUGCAGUAAAUGCAAUCGAAGGGGUCACCUGCGCCGAGUAUGUACGAACAAUAAGGCGCGUAAUGAGUCAGAAGUGACGCGGGGCAAUCGACAGAAGAAUUUUUACAACAAUGUGGAGAUUGAAGACGAACAAUUAACCACAAGCGAGGAAGAAAAUGAACCAAUGUUUCAAAUGUCGUUAAGCGACUAUAAACCGGUAUACUGAUGUGUUCGAGGGUGGUCUCGGUCAGUUCACGGGCGGCACCGCAUCGCUGCGCGUACGGCCGGACGCGACGCCGGUGUUCCACCGCGCGCGCCCGCUGCCGUAUGCGCUGCGUGAGCGGGUCGACGCCGAGCUAGACACCAUGCUGCGGGAGGGAGUCAUCGAGCCGGUUGAUUGUUCCGACUGGGCCACACCUCUCGUCCCAGUGCACAAAAAAGAUGGAGGAUUAAGAGUUUGCGCUGAUUACAAGGUAACCUUGAAUCCUGUUUUAAUGGUCGACAGAUACCCUCUACCUACGAUACAGGACGUGUUCGCUAAUCUAGCUGGUGGAGAAAAGUUCUCAAAAAUAGAUUUGUCCCAAGCGUACAACCAGAUUUGUUUAAAUGAGGAAUGGAAACCUUUCACUGUAAUAAAUACGCAUCGUGGCUUAUAUCGUUAUAACCGAUUGGUAUAUGGUCUUUCGUCCAGCAGUGGUAUAUUCCAGAGGAUUAUCAGCAGCUUAAUACAGGGUAUCCCUAACGCGCAGGGGUUUUUGGACGAUAUAAUAGUAACCGGAAGUAAUGAGGAGUCUCAUUUACGUACCUUAGAUGCAGUUCUAAAUAAAUUACAGAAGUUUGGUUUAAGGGUAAAAAAGAGUAAAUGUGUUUUUAUGGCGGAUGAGGUCAAUUAUCUGGGUUACAUAGUUAGUAAACAAGGUAUUAGAGCGGAUCCCAGCAAAAUAGAGGCUAUUAAGAAUAUGCCUACACCAAGUAACGUCUCGGAGUUACGUUCAUUUUUAGGAAUGGUCAACUUUUACGCCAAAUUCGUUAGAAAAAUGAGCGACCACUUACACCCCCUUUAUGAGUUGUUAAAAAAAGGGUGUAAGUGGGAGUGGAGGGCAACUUGUGCGAGCGCGUUCGAACGAGUGAAGGAGCUGCUGGUGGAUGGAGCGGUGUUGGCGCACUACUCGCCGCGGCGCACCACCGUGCUCACGUGUGACGCCAGCGCGCAUGGUGUGGGCGGCGUGCUGUCGCAGUUGGAGGACGACGGGCGGGAGCGCGCCGUCGCAUACGUCUCACGCAAGCUCACUAGCGCAGAAAAAGCCUACUCACAGAUCCAUAGGGAAGCUCUGGCCAUAGUGUAUUGUGUUAAAAAAUUCCACCAAUAUCUUUAUGGGCGUAAGUUUUUGCUUAAAACAGAUCACAAGCCACUAGUUAGUAUAUUCGGCCCGCAGCAAGGUAUACCCAGCAUGGCCGCCUGUAGAAUGCAACGAUGGGCGGUAAUUUUAUCUGCAUAUGAUUUCGACAUUACGUACGUGAAAACGGAUAAAAAUGGGGCAGACGCGUUAUCCAGGCUACCGAUAGACAAUAGUGUAGGUGAUAAUGAAAACUGCGAACAAUCGUUUUUACAUUUCGCUUCAGAUGCUUUGUUACUUGAUAACGGGGAGAUAAGGAGAUAUACAAGGAGUGACCCAAUCUUAGGCAGAGUAUUGUUAUAUGUUGAAAACGGGUGGCCACAAUCCGUCGACAUAGAAGGGUUACGCCCCUAUUGGAACAGGCGUAACGAGUUGUACACGGAGUUAGGUUGCAUCAUGUGGGGGCACAGGGUUGUCGUACCCACCCAGUGUCGAGAGCGAGUACUUAAAGAAUUACAUGAACCACACAUGGGCGUCGUUAAAACCAAAGCGAUGGCACGCAGCUACGUGUGGUGGCCAGGGCUAGACGAGCAGCUGGAGGCGGAGUGCCGGCGUUGCAGCGUGUGCGCCGAGACCGCGGCUGCACCGCCCGCCGCACCGCCGCAGCCCUGGAAGUGGCCACAACGCCCCUAUGAACGUGUACACAUUGACUUUUUAGGCCCACUCUACGGCGAAACGUAUUUAGUCACUGUCGAUGCUAGGUCUAAAUGGAUCGAAGUUUUCAAAAUGCAGCGUACGAGUGCAGAAUGUACGAUUAAAAAAUUAAGAGAAUCAUGGGCUAGGUGGGGGCUACCUAAACAAGUGGUCAGUGACAACGGGCCACCAUUUACCAGCGAAGAAUUUAAUAAUUUUCUCCGGCGGAACGGCAUUUGUCAUUCGUUUUCCCCUCCUUAUCAUCCAGCGUCAAACGGAGCCGCGGAAAACGCGGUAAAGAUUAUUAAAAACGUCAUUAAAAAAGCUAAACUAACAAAUGUUGAUGUAGACACGGCGAUAUUACGGUUUCUUCUCAAUUAUCACAAUACUCCACACUCGACGACUGGGGAAAGCCCCGGCAAGUUAUUGCAGGGUAGGAAUCUCAGCACCAGGGAGGGGCAGAUGUGGUCGGGGCAGCCGGCCGGCUCGCCUGGCUCACUCGGCACUCUCGGCGACAGUCAGGUUGUGCUUCAUCCACCCGAAGCGUCCCUAACAUUUGAUGGCUCGGAGCCAAGCACUGCUACGGCAACUGAACAGGGUCCGCCGACGUUGCAUGAAGUACAGCCUGGACCAAAUCAGAACGCGAUCAGUUUACCUACGAGUAAGAGGUCUAGCACAAGAAUCAGGAAACCGGUCGUGCGAUACGGUUUUGAAUACGAUUAG